GCCUCUUGUCUCCGGUGCUUGCAAACAUCUUGAUAAGCUUGUGCUGAAUUACACUAAUCUUUAAAGAUCCCCCGCUGCCCGAAGUACCUCAAGCUUGAAGAAGAAACUCACACUUUAAAAACUAGUUUUUGCCAGUGUUUUAAUUACUUUGGUGGUUUGUCCGGAUCAGUGCAAGCUUCCAUUAGAAUGACUUCAACCCUGAGCAGAGGGUACCAUGUUGCAGCAUUCAGCUGGUAUGCCUUCGUUGUGAAGAGUCUCGCUGCUAAGAAUGGAGAGAAGCUACCACCAGGAAUCUUUGUUUAUGGAGGACCUUGGAAGUACCUCACUUUUUUGAAUUUGUUAUUACAAAUGUCCUUCUUUGGACUGGCGGCACUGAAUGAUCUACAACCAGGGGAAAAGUCCAAGAGUGCUCUGAACAGAUGUAAAGACCUACUCUUCUCUGUCUUUGCCUUCCCCGUGGGCAUGUUUGUUGUUCUACUUUUCUGGACCCUCUUUGCCUAUGACAGAGAAUUAGUCUACCCAGCAACUAUUGACACCUUCUUCCCCCCCUGGAUAAACCAUGCCAUGCACACGUUUGUCCUUCCUAUUCUACUGGGAGAAGUGCUGGUCCAGCCUCACAUCUACCCACAGACUAAACAUGCACUGGCAGCAUUAGGAGGUGUGGGCUUGUCUUACCUAUUUUGGAUUAUAUGGGUGUACGUGUCAGUUGGAAUUUGGGUGUAUCCCCUUCUUGGCCACUUCAGCACUGCUGGCCUGAUAGGCUUCUUCUUUUUUAACAUGUCGGUGGUGACAUUGCUCUUCGUGAUAGGAGACAAGCUCAACAGCCAUGUCUGGAGUAAGGACAUGAACAAAAUGAAAACAAAAGCAAAGUAAUUCUGCCUCUCAGCCACUUCAAAAUGGUCAAACAGUGGUCACAAAAAAACAGUAAAGGACGUUUUGAAAGCAGAUGUUAUACAUUCUCCCUCUUUCAAAUUCAAAAAGUCAAAUUCAUAGGCAAUAAAAGGCACCAUUGCUCACAUAAAUAUGUUUUGCUGCUACAGCAUUUGUUGGUCUUCUAUGACAGUCAAUGAGUAUGAACACUAGCUUUUGAUAGCUAAAGUUAGCUAAAGUUAGCAAACCAAAUAGCCGUAUAACGCACAUUACUGAGUCACUCCGCUGACUGUAUAUGUAUAUACCAUACAUACCAUGAUUGUUUUCUGCUUGUGCUACUGUAAGCAUUUAGCUAAAUGCUAAACUACUGUUAAGCUAGGAGUAAACUACUUUCAGCAUUCAGCUAAAAUCUAGCUGUAGCAUUAUUCCAUUUCUGUCAGUUUUAGCCGCAGUAGCUGCUGUGAAGCCAAUGUUACAAAGUUUCACUUCAAAGGGCUUAAUCUGUGCUGAAACUGUAUACAAAAGCUACAUUGUGUAACACUUAUACAUCCCAAGAGUUGACUUGAAUAAUGCAAUUUCAGCAAAGCAAACAUAAUUAAGCGAGUAGCACUGGCGGCUGAUCCACCAUCCAUAUUAUCAUCUGCCUGUUAAGCAGCAUUGAGUUCUCCUCUGAGCAAAGAGGAGGUUACCAAUGUCGUGUUUGACCUGAAUAAAGUGCAUAUUUUUCCAUGAAUCAUGGAACAUCUGGAGGGGCUGCAGGUAUGACUUGACUUUUGGUAAUCCAAAAGGCAAUGCUGAAGAGCCUGGAUUUGAUGCCAUCGCAAAUCCAUAGUGUGUGCGCUCCAUUCAUUUCUGUAAGUGGCCUUGUUGCUCUCUUCAUGCACCAUGCAAGUCUCUGUAGCCUUUAAGAUGGUGGAGAUAGUUUGGAUCUGCAUCCACCAAUCCGACUGAAAGGAUCUUGGCCAAUAAAUGCACGUCUUCUUCACUCAGAUCCUUCUGUCAAAGAGGUGAACGUAAAAUACGUAUAUCAUCUCAAUUAUCAUAAAUAAUGACGGCAUUUAACUUUGGAUAGUUACUCACCUUCAUGCUGUUGGCAGAUGAUUCAGGAUACUGUAUGUUUUUAGGAUAAAUUCCCUGUCAAAGCAAAAAAGUCAUUUCUGUGAAUC